AUGAAAAGACUCGCAUCCUCUCAAACCCGCGCACACGCGCUCCCAAACUCACACGGGAGGACACGCACACACACACGCCCACUCGCGGGCGGGCACACACGGAACCUGCCCCUACCACACCUCCGGAAGACCGAACGCACGGAGGAGGAGGAGGAGCCGAUGGAGGAAGGCGGAGGGCAGGCCCUGGAAGAGAAGGCAGCGCUGGGCUUCCAGAGGGGCUUCCUAGCCGGGAAGCGCCUGGCCGAGCUCCCCUGGGAGAGUCUUGAAGAGGUCCUGAAAUAUUCCGAGGAUUCCUCUCCAUUUUUGGCUAUCCUGCAGAAGACUGUGUAUCAUCCACUCUGCUUGAAGUAUCCUCCAUCGGUUCAGUACAGAAGACGCUUCUUAUCCGAGCUGAUCAAAAAGCAUGAAUCUACAAGCACCGAGCCUCUGGAUCAACUCUACGAAGCCCUAGGGGUUGUCCUAAAUUGUGAAGAAACCACACACUGUUACAAGAACUAUUUAUUGCCUUCAGGAGAUGCCAUCACGCUUCGUGAAAAUGUGGCCAUUGUUUCACGGGGAACCACGGGCCUCGUCACCUGGGAUGCUGGCCUCUACUUGGCCGAGUGGGCUCUGGAGAAUUCGGAGGUCUUCAGAAACAGAAGAAUUCUGGAAUUGGGGAGUGGGAUUGGGUUGACGGGAAUUGCCAUUUGCAAGGCUUGCCACCCGAGAGAGUACAUCUUCAGCGAUCAUCACGAGGGCGUCCUUCAACAGCUGUCCGAGAACAUUAAUCUGAAUGGUUUGACUUCGGAGCCUGAAUCUUGCAGCCACCCUACAGAAGAAAGCCCAAACCAUCGGGGCCAUCUUGAAGUUGACCUGGAAGAUGACCACGUCCGAAUAUCUGUAAAAGAACUAGACUGGAAUCUAGUGUCCAAAGAUGAGCUUGCAAAAUUGAAAGCUGACGUCAUUCUGGCUGCAGAUGUGGUAUACGAUCCGGAGGUAAGCCGGCACUUGAUUGGCAUCCUGCAAAAAUUUCCCAGGGACGGCGGGAACAGAGAAACGCCUGAAGUUUACAUUGCCUUCAAUAUCCGAAAUCCGGAUACGUAUCACGACUUCCAAAUGCAACUUGACAAAGUGGAGAUUGGAUGGCAAACGGUAGCUACCUCUUGGAAGAAUCUUUUUCCAUAUGACCAGCAUGCUAAUAUAGUAAUUUUAAGGCUGCACGUUUAAGGGUUUUCCCCCAAACUCUUGGUUGGAAAGCUUUUUCCAAAUAUUACGAUUCGAAAUAACUUCGGCCAUCGUGAGCUGGUUUCAUUCUCAACAUCUUUCUUGGAAGCAUCAAAAUGCCUCUCACACACUUACCUUCAUUACCGGUUUGGAACUGUGAGCACGUACAUGUGCGUGGUGCUUCUGCGCAUGUGCAGAACCUUCUGUGCAUGCGUAGAGCCUCCAUUAUGACAUCCGGGUGGGUGGGUAGAGCCUCCCACCACUUUGCCCGAACUGGGGUGAACCUGUAGAAAUCCACCACUCCUCUCACAGCUACAUUAAAGACUUCUUGAGCCCCAUAUGUUGGAAAUGUAAAAAUAAAGAGGGAACAUAUUACCAUAUGUGGUGGUCCUGCCCCGAAGCCCGUAAAUAUUGGCUAAAAAUUAAAAUGGUUACAGGAAAUCACGAAUGAACAAUUGGAUCUAGAACCGGAACUCUUUUUAUUGGGGAUUUUCAAAAAAAAAAAUGUGAAAAGUAUAAAAUAUGUAAUACUACACAUAUUAACUGCUGCUAGGUUGGCCUUCGCUCAACGUUGGAAACAGCCAUGUAUACCUACAGAGAAACUUGUUAUACAAAAGAUCAUGAACUACGCAGAAAUGGACAAACUAACGCUGAGUUUAAAAGAUAAAAGAGACAUUGGUGUUUUAUAAUAUAUGGGAACAGUGGUAUAAAUGGAUAGAAAGGAGAUAGAUAUUUAGUUACUAAGUAUAACCAAUAGAUAAAACAAGAACAAAUACAUACAAUUUAAUAUUUAUAAUCAUUGCACGGAUUAUUGUUAUAAGAAAAACACCACAAAUAGCUGUUAAGUAAUAUAACCUUUUCCUUUUUUUCCCCUAUGUUUUUAAUGUAAAAAAAGUUUAAUAAAAUAUAUUUUUUUAAAAAAUAAAGACUUCUUGUGUUGUAACCAGUGGCUUUACAAAAGUGUUUCUCUCAGUCUCAUCAACUUUAAGAUGCAUGAAUGUCAACUGCCAGAAUUCCUGUUUCUCAGUCUUAGCAACUUUAUGUGGUCAUGAACUCCCAGAAUUCGCUGGAGAAUGGAAGUUGAAGUCUACACACAUCUUAAAGUUGCCAACGUUGAGAAACACUGAUUUAUAAGAUACGUUACUGAACAUUUGCACAUUGUUUACGGAUUUAAAGUGACUGUGUUGCAAUGUCAGAGUGUAUUUGUAAUCUAUCCCGUUUAUAUAUUUAUGUGAACUAUGUAGAACACAGGCUGUUAUUUUUGUAUAAUAAACAUGAGGUUGCAUAUGG